UGCAGUGCUCACCACUUUCAGAGAAGAGCAACUUGCUGCCUGCCUGUGAAAACUCCUGAGAAACUAGAAGGCUUCACUGUCUGCAGCCUUGGCUAAUGAUUCAGUCCUUAGUUUUUACCCUGUGUCAUAAUCUGUACUGGAAGGCAGCUGACAACUCUGUGAAUGACAAUGAAUGUGCAGAAAUUAGUGACCAUUGAAGAUUUGACCAUAAAAUUCACCCCAGAGGAAUGGGUCCUACUGGACACACCUCAGAGAAAGCUGUACAGAAAUGUGAUGGUGGAAAACAUUAAUCAUCUCCUAUCCCUUGGAUACCAGCUCUGCAAAUCAGAUUUAAAUUUUCUUUCAGUGGACAAAGAAAUGCUGUGGAUGGUGGAAGGAAGAGUUAUUCCUCAACUUCAGAGUCCAGAAAGAAAGGGUGCUCAAAAAAUACUAGAAAGGAUAAGGACUCAGCUCAUUGGAAGAAAUGACACACCCACCAUCAAGUUAAUGGCAUGGAAAAAUAUUCAGCAAAAUACCUGUGAAAACCUUCUGUGUUGUGAAACCUACAACCAUGAAUCCCUGCAUAGAAGAAACAAAAUAACUGAAUCUGGAAUACAUUCAAACAAAUGUCAUCAAGGUGGUAAAAACUUUACAAGUUAUUCUGAGCUUAUAGGGCACACAAAAACUAACAUGGUAGAGAAGCCACAUGAAGGUUGCAUGUGGAGAAAAACUUUCAGUCCAUCUUCUAAGUUUUAUCAGCAUGAGAGAAUAGAGACACAUGAGAAAAAGUAUGAAUGCCAGCAUUGUGGGAAAAUUUUUAAUCAUUCAUCUAAACUCAGAAGAUAUAAUCAAACACACACAGGAGAGAAACCAUAUGAAUGCCAUCUAUGUGAGAAAGCCUUCACUGAUUCAUCUAUCCUUAAACAUCAUAAGCGAACACACACAGGAGAGGAACCAUAUAGGUGUUAUUUGAGUGGGAAAGCUUUCACAAAAUCACCUGCCCUUCUAGAGGAUAAAAGAGCACACACAGGAGAAAAAUCAUAUCGAUGUGAUUUGUGUGGGAAAUGUUUCACACAAUCAAAACACUUGAGUCAACAUAAGAAAACACACACAGGAGAGAAACCAUUUGAAUGUCAUCUGUGUGGGAAAGCCUUCACUAGAUCAUGUACCCUUAAUCGGCAUAAAAGAACCCACACAGGAGAGAAACCAUUUGAAUGUCAUCUGUGUGGGAAAGCCUUCUCUGAUUCAUCUACCCUUUUACAGCAUAAAAGAACACACACAGGAGAGAAACCAUAUGAAUGUCAUCUGUGUGGGAAAACCUUCACUAAAUCAUCUUCCCUUGCCCAGCAUAAAAGAACACACACAGGAGAAAAACCAUUUGAAUGUCAUCUGUGUGGGAAAGCCUUCUCUUAUUCAUCUACUCUUCUACAGCAUAAAAGAACACACACAGGAGAGAAACCAUAUGAAUGUCAUCUGUGUGGGAAAGCCUUUACUAGAUUAUUGUCCCGUGUCCAGCAUAAAAGAACACACACAGGAGAGAAACCAUAUGAAUGUCAUCUGUGUGGGAAAGCCUUCACUAAAUCAUCUUCCCUUGCCCGGCAUAAAAGAACACACACAGGGGAAAAACCAUAUGAAUGCCAUAUGUGUGGGAAAGCCUUCUCUGAUACAUCUAACUUUAAACAGCAUAAAAGAACACACACAGGAGAGAAACCAUAUGAAUGUCAUCUAUGUAGGAAAUCCUUUUCUGCUUUGUCUAACCUUAAACAUCAUAAAAGAAGACACACAGGAGAGAAACCAUAUGAAUGUCAUCUGUGUGGGAAAGCCUUCACUCGAUCAUCUUCCGUUGCCCAGCAUAAAAGAACACACACAGGAGAAAAACCAUUUGAAUGUCGUCUGUGUGGGAAAGCCUUUUCUUAUUCAUCUACUCUUCUACAGCAUAAAAGAAUACACACAGGAGAGAAACCAUAUGAAUGUCAUCUGUGUGGGAAAGCCUUCACUAAAUCAUCUUCCCUUGCCCGGCAUAAAAGUACACACACAGGAGAAAAACCAUAUGAAUGUCAUCUGUGUGGGAAAGCCUUCUCUGAUACAUCUAACUUUAAACAGCAUAAAAUAACACACACAGGAGAGAACCCAUAUGCAUGUCAUCUAUGUGUGAAAUCCUUCACUCAAUCAUCUAGCCCGAGGAAACAUGAGAAAACACACUCUAGAGAGAAAUCACGAACAUUCUCUUUUUUUUUUGGAAAACCUUCAGUAAGUUAUGUUACUUAGUCUGCCAGAGAGAACUCACACAAGAGAGAAAACAUGUGAGUAUCCUAUGUGUGAGAAAAACUUCAAUCAAUGGUAUAGACUUUAUACUCAUUAGAGAACACAGUAGAUAAACCAAUCAUGUCUUCUAAUUAGAAAGUGUUCAUGUAUUCAUCUAACCUUAGUAGGCAUCAGAGAAAUCUCACAGCACACAAAUCAUACUGAGAAUAUAUGUGUGAGGAACAGUCAACUUCUCAUAACAAUGAUGAGACAGUUCACAUAC